UGGCUCUGAUUGGCCAGGCACGCUCUCACAGCAGGAGAGCCGGGCUCUCUACUUGUCAUUACUGUUGCACCGAUUCACAAACCCGUGAACACCUUGGGGCUCCGUGCGUCUGUCUUCUCCCGGACUUGAAAUUAAUUGCACAUCAUUUAAAGCGGCGGCUCGCACCAUGGACGCUACCAUUUAUCAGAUCAUAUUCGGAGAGCUCGGGGACGUAAACUGUAGUUUGAUAGAUGCUUUCCAAGACACUUUUUUGGAAAACGCUUCACUGUCAUUGCUGAGCACAGAUGGUUUUUACUGUAAUGCCACGACCGAUGAAAUUGGAACCUGCUGGCCACGGAGCAGCUCGGGGAGGAUUGUAGAGAGACCGUGCCCUGAGUACAUCAACGGAGUGAAGUACAACACAACGAGGAGUGCUUACAGGGAGUGCAUGGACAAUGGGACGUGGGCGUUGAAGAGCAAUUACUCCAAUUGUGAACCCAUAUUGGAGGAGAAGAGGAAAUAUCCAAUGCAUUAUAAAAUAGCACUGAUCAUCAACUACCUAGGCCACUGUAUCUCUGUGGGAGCUCUAGUCGUGGCCUUCAUUCUCUUCUUGUGCUUAAGGAGCAUACGAUGUCUUCGAAACAUCAUCCACUGGAAUCUGAUCACCACCUUCAUACUGAGGAAUGUUAUGUGGUUUUUGCUUCAGCUGAUUGACCACAAUAUCCAUGAAAGCAACGAGCCUUGGUGUCGAUUAAUUACAACUAUAUACAAUUACUUUGUGGUGACAAACUUUUUCUGGAUGUUUGUUGAGGGAUGUUACCUUCAUACAGCCAUUGUAAUGACCUACUCAACUGAUAAGCUGAGAAAGUGGGUCUUCCUUUUCAUCGGCUGGUGCAUUCCAUGUCCUAUAAUAGUAGCCUGGGCCAUUGGAAAGUUGUAUUAUGAAAAUGAAAAAUGUUGGUUUGGUAAAGAACCGGGAAAAUACAUGGACUACAUUUACCAGGGACCAGUUAUUCUUGUGCUUCUGAUAAACUUUGUUUUCCUUUUCAACAUAGUAAGAAUUCUUAUGACCAAACUAAGAGCUUCAACCACAUCUGAAACAAUACAGUACAGGAAAGCUGUAAAAGCAACCCUGGUUUUGCUGCCUUUGCUGGGCAUUACUUACAUGCUCUUCUUUGUGAACCCCGGGGAGGAUGACAUCUCACAAAUCGUCUUCAUCUAUUUCAACUCCUUUUUGCAGUCUUUUCAGGGGUUUUUUGUGUCAGUGUUUUACUGCUUUCUAAAUGGAGAGGUCCGUUCUGCAGUAAGGAAACGGUGGCAUCGCUGGCAGGACAACCACGCCCUUCGAGUGCGGGUGGCACGAGCUAUGUCCAUCCCCACGUCUCCAACCAGGAUCAGCUUCCAUAGCAUCAAACAGACCACCGCUGUGUGACCAAGGGAACAAGCCCCUCUCUAAUACAGACUUCAUCAUUUUGUCCAGUGCAAACCAUGAAGCAAUCCACAGAGCAGACCAAUUCUGUUAAGAAGACCACAGCUUGUCCAGUGUAACUCAAGAGCCAGGCAAUUUCUGUUGUCUGCUGAGAACCAUCAAUGCCAUCUAAAAAUACACUUUAACUGCACAUGAGAAAAAAUGGACACAUUAGAUUAUUGGAGGAGUUAUGGCCUCUAACAUAUUGUACAUCGAGUAUGGGUUCUGAGUUUUUCUGGAGACUGGCACAUCUAAAAGAUGUGGUGUUAUCAUCGAAGUGACACAUCACAUCACAAGUCUUAUAGUCUGAUCUCAUAGUCUUCUAAAUGAUUUAUGAUGAAUAUCAAAAAGCAAAACUACUGUUUGGCACCAACAGCUUCCUUUGGAAAAAAAAAAUCUAUUCAGUGUGAGAUGACUAUUUUAUACAGACAAGCUAAUGGGGUCUGUAACAUGUUUCCUCAGAGCAGUCUGAGUCUUCUUCUUUAAGUCUGUUUUUUAUACAGUGAGGAAUUUUAGGCCUUGUACUGUAAUGCUGUGAAAUUAUUAAAUUUGAUUAUUUAAAAUAAUUGUUCAUGAACUAAUCACCCUCUCUGUUUCAGGUGUUUGUUUCCUCCACUAUUUUCUCUUCUGCUUUGUUGGGUUUUCCAUUUCUCUCCUCUGAAAAGGAGGGUAUGAACAAGCAGAGCAAUUUAAUAGGUUAUGUUUUGAACUCCCUAAGGCUGAUGGAUGAGCAGUCUGAAAUUAAAGCUGUCUUCCAAACAAGUAAAGACAAGAUGAUGUAUUUUUAUGUAGCUGGGAAAGUAAUUUAUGUAAUGUAUAUGCAUGGUAAGUGCCAUGUAUGGAUUUACAGUAUCACGCAGGCACAGUGGAAACCGAUUCAAUUCUUUUGUCUUUAUCAAAUCCUUCUCAUAAUCAGCAUCACUGGAAAAGAGUCGGCCCACAACAUCAAGUCUUGUGUCUGCUCAGGCUGCUCAAAUGAUAAUAAUCAGAACAACCUUCUAUCUGCAAUGACAAAUUCCAAAAUGCUUUGUUUUGUGCAACAAAAAUCCAGUAUUUGUUUUAGGAUAAUGCUUUGAUGCAGCUGUUCUUCUGUGUGUCCCUACAUUCAGUAUUUUGGUCUGUAAGGUGGUAGAAUUAGACAUGACUAAAGGAAUAAUAGUUUGAAAUUUUCACCUUCACCUUCUUGUCUAAAGCUGGAGAAGAGGUUUAGUAUCGCUCCCAUAUCAAUUUCUCAGUUAUAAAGCUACAGCCAGCAGCUGGUUAGACUGACAACAAGGGGAAAGAGCUAGCCUGCCCAAAGGCCUAGCAACUUCCCGGAGACAACAACCCCCGAUAGGAAGCACUACUCCCAGCCUGCACCAUAAAAUAUACAUAUAACUGCAAAUUGUUGUUUUUACACAGUGUUUUUUGGAAAGAACAUGUUAAUAAUAGAGUUCUAAGGGUGCUAGUUUGUGGAUUUUAUUAUAGUUUAACCCAGUCAGCCUAACUGUAUCCCCCUUUCUACAGUCUAUAGUAAGCUAAGCUAAUUGACUUCAUUUUGUCAUCUACCUUGGCUAGAAAGUGUAUAAACAUGCACCCACCCAUCCAUUACCACGUAUUUAUUUAAUUGUUUGUUUUUGUUUAUAUAUUUUACAUCGAUAUUUUACUUUUGAUACUUCUAACAGGAAUAAAAUCCACCAUAUCUACAGUUCUAAAUGUUUAGAUAGUAGAAAGUAAAAUAAAAUAGAGAGAAUUUCUUCAAAAAUUUGUGAUCCUAUGUAGUUGAACAUGUAUAAAAUAUUUCAUCAGUCUUUGCUGUAAAAUGUACAUUUCAUAUUUGUAUUUUGUAAUUUGUUUUGUUAUAUUAUGUUACAUUUUUAAACAAUCUACCAUUGUACUAAAUGUUAAUCAUUCAAAGCAACUUUGAUGUAAAUAUCUAGCAUCAUAACUUGUGCAGGUGUAACACCCUUUCAUGGCUUUAUCAUGUUCUUAAAUGCAAAAAGUAAAACAUUACCUAGUAGUUGUGAAAUAUUUUCAAACAGAAAUAAGAAAACCAAUCAUUUAUUCAAGCUCACCAAAGAGACAAACCAUUACAGAAUUCUUUAUUGUCUACAUAUUUGUGUUGUUGCCACUGGACUUUGGACCAAAUCUUCUUGACUUUAUUUUGUACACCAUUUAUUCUUCAUCAUGAAGUAUAUUCAGUGCUGUGUGAUGUCAGAUCUAGCAUUUUAUAACAAUACAUAACACACACGACCUGCUGAUUUUAUGGAAAAGUCUUUGUUGAACCACCUAUGCUGCCUUACAAAUGAAAGAAAAUGCAUUUUUUGUGGAAAGGAUACUACUGUUUCUGUAAAUGAUUUAUCAUUGUGUUAAUGAUAUACAUUUGUACAUGCACAUUUCAAAGGAAAAAUAUUGACUUAAAUUAAAAGUGUGCUCUUAUAUUUCCUUUUUGGU